AUGGGGCCCGCGACUCCCGGCAGCUCCCUCCUGCUGCUGGGCCUGGGGACCCUCAUCCUGGGGCGGUGCUGCUUGGCGCAGGACUUCGUCCUCAACCGGGAGUGGGGCUUCACCUCGUACGAAAUGGUCAUCCCCAGGCAGCUGGUGACUCGCGGGGGCGGUCCGGAGGUGGACGGCCGCAAAUCCUACCUCCUGCGCAUCGAGGGCAAGAAGAACAUCAUCCACCUGUGGCCCAAAAAGCUCCUGCUGUCCCGACACCUGCGCAUCUUCACCUUCGCGGAAGACGGCGGCCGCGUGGAGGACCAGCCCUACAUCCCAAAGGACUGCAACUUCUGGGGGUCAGUGGAGGGAUCGCCGGGGUCCGAAGCAGCACUGAGCACCUGCCUGGGCGGCCUUCGAGGGAUGCUGAAGAUCGAGGACGGCGUGUACCAGAUCGAGCCCGUCCCAGCCUCGCACAGCUUCGAGCACGUGGUCUAUCGCCUGGAGGAGGAUCUCAUCACCAACUUCACGUGUGGCCUGACGGAUCAGGAGAUUGAGAGGCAGCUAAGACAGCUGAAGAGCGCGCCUGCCUCCAGGGCCCCGAAAUGGACCACCUCCUACAUUCACCAAAAGUACAUGGAGCUGAUCAUCGUAGUAGAUAAACUCCGGUUCCAGUUCUUGAUGUCCAACGUAACCAAAGCCAUCAGUGACACCAUUGUCAUGGCGGGUAUCAUGGACACAUACUUCCAGGUUUUGAAUGCCAGAAUAUACUUAAAAGCCGUUGAGGUCUGGACGGAUAGCAGCAAAGUCGAUACUGGUGUGAAGAAACUGAUCCAAGUUCUCGGACAGUUCUCCAGUUAUAGAAAAAGAGUUCUGAAUCAAAACAUUAAAACAGAUUGGGCACACUUAUACGUGCAUAAAUAUUAUCCUGACGCAUUGGGAUGGGCCUAUGUUGGAACUGCCUGUCAUAGGGAUUUUGCAGUGUCAACAAGCACUUUGCCAGAUAGAAACCUGGUUGCUCCUUCCACAUGGUCUGCUCAUGAAUUGGGCCAUGGUGUUGGCAUGCCCCAUGAUAAACAAGGCUGUGUUUGUAAUGGUAAAACAAACUGUAUCAUGGGCGCUGGCGGCAGGCAUGGUUUCAGUAAUUGCAGUUUUAUAACCUAUUUCGACCACGUGACUGUGAGAAGUGAGUGUCUAGAUGAUGUUCCAGGACUUCCAUAUAAGCUGAAGCAAUGUGGAAACAAAGUAGUAGAUAGGGGAGAGGAGUGUGACUGUGGUACAGUGUGGCAAUGUAAAAAGGAUAGGUGUUGUCAGCCUAAUUGUAAAUUGAAACCUGGCGCACAGUGCAACAGUGGUUUGUGCUGUACCGAUUGUCAUUUCAGUCCAUCUGGACAUGUAUGUAGAGGCAAACAAAAUGAAUGUGACCUUGUGGAAUACUGCAAUGGAACUUCAAAUCUAUGCCCAGAUGAUUUUUAUGUGCAAGAUGGAACCCCAUGCAGUAGGCAAGCCCACUGCUACCGUAAGGGAUGUUCUGAUCGCUUUUUGCAGUGCAAAGAAAUUUUUGGAUCUGGCGCCAGGAACGCUCCCUUUGUAUGCUAUUUAGAAGUGAAUGGAAAGACUGAUCGAUUUGGUAACUGUGGCUUGAUGGGGCGAGGCUAUAGAAGAUGUAGAAUGAGAGAUAUAUUGUGUGGAAGAUUGCAAUGUGUCAAUGUGAAGAAUGUCCCCGAAAUGCCUGAUCAUACAACAGUCAUUUUUACUCAAGUGAAGAAGUUUAAUAUGCGGUGCUGGGGGACAGACUAUCAUUCUUCAAUGCUUGCAAUGGAGUUACCUGAUGAGGGAACUGUGAGAGAUGGCACUGCCUGUGGUACAAAUUUGAUAUGUCUUAACCACGUUUGUCGCAAUAUUUCAGUCCUCAAUUAUGACUGUAAGCCAGAGAAGUGCAACAAACGAGGUGUUUGCAACAAUUUGAAACAUUGCCACUGUAACUAUGGAUGGACCCCUCCCUUUUGUGAGACUCCUGGUUAUGGAGGAAGCAUUGAUAGUGGACCUGCAGGAAAAGUGGAAGUAGUUCCCAAGCCAGUUAAAGUUGUGCCUAUUAUGUUUAUUCGACUUGUUUUACUAGGUAUCACAUUGUUUCUGGUAAUCUUGAAAGAAGUGAUAGGAAAAUUCCUUAAACGAAAGGCGAAAGUAGUAGUUCAUUUAGCAAAAAAACCUCUGCCAAAGAACAAAGGGAAAAAAAGGAAAAAAUUCCAAGAAAAACAUCCCCAGCCUCCUAAAUGA